AUGGACCUCGUCCGAUCUUUUGCCACCCCAGGCCAUGAGCCAAUCGCCUGUGUGGAACUACACACAGUUGGUAUGCCAACAAGAAUCAUCGUCAAGGGAUACCCGGAGAUCUCAGGAACUUUGGCCGAACAAAAGGCAGAGGCGUUGGAGCAACACGAUGCCAUCCGGCAGCGCAUUCUGUCAGAGCCGCGAGGCCAUUUCGACAUGUUUGGCGCCAUUCUGCGACCCCAUACAGAGCUCACAAAGUCUCACAAGGCACAUAUGGGCGUUCUGUAUAUUCACCCAGAUGGGUAUAGCAACAUGUGCGGCCAUGCCACGAUAGCCCUAGGUCGCUUUUUGGUCGACACGCAUGAUCUGGAAGUGUUUCCCCAAAGGGAUCAGCUCAAAUAUGAUCCAACGACUGGAACAUCAUUAGUUGUUCUGCAUACACCAGGUGGUCUGGUGGAAGUUACGGUACCGACAAAUAGCGAUGGAUCUCGUUCAGAUCCGACUCGGCCGAUCACAUUCGAGGCCGUGCCGGCAUUUGCAUUGACAACAGACUAUACGCUCCCGAUAAAGCCAGAGAACAGAUGGCCGGAACUUGGAAGAAGGGAUAGCAUCAAUGUCUCUUUCGCCUACUGCAGCGCGUUUAGCUGCCAAGUAUCCAUUCAAGAACUGGGGUUUCCACAUGACGGGCUACAGAGCAGACCGAUGCUCGAGGCCUUGAGGUUCGCUACUAGCCAAGUAAGGCGCACUAUAAAUUCAAACGAAGAGUAUCGAUCUCUUCUCAAGGUGCCCGGUAAGCCUGGCCUCGAUAGGUGUAUAUUCGGUGUCAUGGUGGUGGACAAGGCCUGGGGCACCGCGCACGAGGGAACUCGCGGGGGUGAAACGGGCCUAUACUUCUUCGGAAAAGGACAUAUCGACCGCUCGCCGACCGGUAGCAUGGCUGCAGCUCGGGCUGCCGUGGCUUUCGCAAAAGGAGAGCUCUCGAUCGGGGAUUCAUGGACGUACCACAGCCUUGUCUCAAACUCGACGAGCACAAGUCCUGGCCUUGUUGCGACGAUCUUGCGACUGGUUACGUCCAACGGUGUCUCUUAUGAAGAUCACGAACCAUCCGCAAGGCCUGUGAUCGUUCAGAUCAAGGGGUAUGCCUCAUACACAGGCUUUCAUACUUUUGUUUACGAGGAACAUGACCAUUUGCCUAGAAAGGGCUUUCUAUUAAGUAGAUUAGAGUAG